UUGCGGCACGGUGCACGUUGUAUGGCUGGUGUUGUGCGAAGCUUUCGGAGGGGGCAUCGAUUUGUGGUCCCGUCUGCUGCAAGGACCAUGCGCAACGUGGAGAUCAAGGCGCGCGUGCGGGACGCGUCGCGCCUGCGGCAGCUGGCGGCCGAGCUGAGCGGCUCCGCCGGCCACAAGCUGGUCAUGCGCGACACCUUCUUCUCCUCGGCCAGCGGCCGACUGAAGCUGCGCGAGCAGACGGGCGCGCCGAACCAGCUCAUCUUCUACGACCGGCCGGACACCGCCGGGCCGAAGCUGUCCGACUUCUGCUACGCUGCUGUGGGUGACGACGUGGCCGCGCUGCGCGAUACGCUCGGUCGCGCGCUGGGCGUGCGCGGGGAUGUGCAGAAGACGCGCCUCCUCUUCAUGGUGGACCAGACGCGCGUGCAUGUGGACAGUGUGGCCGGUCUGGGGGACUUCAUGGAGCUGGAGGUGAAGCUGCGGGAGGAUCAGACGCUGGAGCAGGGCCAGGCCGUGGCCGAGGCGCUCAUGAAGCAGCUUGAGGUGGAACCGACCGAUCUGAUCGACUGUGCCUACGUGGACAUGCUUGAGAAACAGAGCGGACAGGCGGAUGGCCAGGCGUGAUCCAGUUGCGAACCUCCAA